AUGAGUUUUGUUUCAGACGAAGAAAGCGUCGUAGAGCGACCGCCGGCGCCGUUUGCGGCGCCAUCGCACCCCACCGAUCCAUUUCUUAACCCCCGCCGCAGCGCAGCAGUUGCGCCUACCCAGCCGCGACCAGAUCGUGACGUGACGGCCGUUUCAGCGUUACCCGCCGUGUCUGUAACUUCGCGGGUCGCCGCGAAGCGCCCACGACCGAGUGCACCAACUGCGGCUCCCGAUGCCUCAGCUGUAGAGUCGAAUAAUUCGGCUUCUGGACGUCCGCAAGCGAGGAAGGCGCGCCCAACGACUACAACUCGCCUUGGCUCUUUGGGUUCCAUCGUAGCCGGUUCUGCCGGGGAAUUCGAUAGAACUAGUGAGGGCAAUGAAAGCGCAUUUGCCGAUCAUGCGGGCACUGAAGGCGCAUCUAACGGCAUUCUGCAGGACGGCGGGGACUCGUCCGAUGAGGGAGAGAGGGAUGUCGAGGAGAAGGCGUUCCUUGCAGCGGCCAGUGCGACCGUACCUGACGGACACGGGGCUUCCAGCGCCGCCACACCGCAUCCGUGGCUCGUUACGGAUGCUUUUCACGUCAGUCUGUGGUACGUUCUGCGGUACGCCGGCAGCGCGUUGAGUACAGCUGAUUUAUGGGCGUGCCGUGCCUUGCUAUCCCUCACAGCUGUGAUGCCGCCUCUUCCAUCGCCGCCGCUGCCAACUGAGGACAAAAAGACAGCUUUCGUUGAUGACACAAACGUAUCUAGCCUGCCUCUCGAUGGCACCGCAGAAUCCAAGAGCUUGCGUGCUACCCCGUCUGGCGCGUGGACAUGGACAGGGACGGAGGAAUCCGAGUUGCUGUUGCGACUUAUCCUGCGCAAACCGCACGGCUUCACAGGGCGACACCUGGAAGCGCGCUACGGAGACUGGCUUCACAUGCAGCCCACGCUGACUGCACUGACGGAGCGGCGCUUCCUUUGGUGGCCCUCAUCCAGCGCUUCUGUAGCGUCUCCAACAGACAAAAAGGGCAAUAAUAAAGCGGCCGCCCCUCAUAGGAGUCCGGUGGAUGUUGAGAGCGAAGCUUUGGCUGCUCCGUCACCUCCGCACGAUGCCCGUGCAUUACGAAGCACCUCUCUCUGUAGUACUCCAAUGAUGGAGGAGUACGAUGGGACGCGUGUGGCAAGGAUGCUGCUGCAAGGUGGUGCCGUCGGCGCGGCAAGGCAGGCGGACGAGCCUGCCGGAGGAUUGUGUUUUGUUUCCGAAGAGCUUGUUCGCGUGCUGCAUGCGGUGCGGAGCACGGAGCUGCGUCUCUUCCUUACAGCACUCCGUCAUGGCUGCAAAGCACAUGCGACGAGGGAGGCAUUGACGGACGACUUGCCUCCUCUUGUGUCGCGGCAGACGCCGAAGAACGCGAAGAACGGCGCCGGCGAAGACAACGCAUCUGUCAAGUCAUCGAAUGCGGGACGAGUCGGUGAGGGCGUGAGCCCAUUGAAAGACCACCAUGGUAGCUUCAACGAGCCCAUCUACAAGAACAUGCCCCUCGGUGACAACAGCCUGUACGACGCCAUUCCCGGGCGGAAACAGGACAUGAUUCGUUACGCUAUGGAGCGGCGUUACUCGCUGUGGGCGCCCACCUCACCGGCCGUCGUUACCGGGGCAUCGUCUGAUACAGCGGCAAAAACGUCAACCGUCGCUGCGACAUCGCGCUCCAGCGCUGCUGGCGGUGGUGGUGGCGGUGACACUGUGCAGAAUAAUAAUAAUAGAGACGGUCAACAAGGGAGAAGCACCCGGCGGAACGGCGGAGCCGCGGCAGGACAGUUCACAGAGCAAUCUUCCGCCUCCGAUUACAAAGGCGCGCUUUUUGUGAGGCGCUGCUUUCGUGACGUGGAGGACGAGGCGUUGCUCGUGGCACGGUGUUGGGACACCCACGUCGGGCCGGUGUACGCGCCUCACGCCGGUCUGAAGGCCCACCUGGUGUGGGUGACGGAGAUUUUCCACGUGCUCACGGCGAACGGCGGUGCGGGGGUGGUGGGCCAGCAGAAGUUGAAGCCGCUUGCGGCCACCAUGGCGGUUGCUGCACCUCCAACCUUGCUCAUGCUCCGUCCUCAACUUCUCUUGCUGCUGCAGUCGCUGCAAUCGGCUCGGCAGAAGCGCCGUCAAGCCGCACCCUCUCCUGCUACGGGAGAACAUGAAGCACGAAAAGGACCGUCUCUGCGUGCGACACCAGCAUCAGCAGCAGCGGCAGAGGAGAGCGAUGAAACGACGGUGAGCGCUGAUGUUAACCGUGUGCCGUACGCCUUGCUGCCGCGGUGGUUUACAGCACCUGUUACCCCUCAGGCGGCGUCUUCUUCAUCCCUUACAUGUACGUCAGCCCUCACGGAAAAAAAGACCGCAAAAGCUUCUACCAACUCGCACAAACUCGACCGCCCUCCGAUAAUGUUGAAUGAUGAAUUGUCGGACGAGGAGAUCAUCUCUUCUACCCGGUCAUUCCACGUCCCGGACACCGAUGAGGACGGCAAUUCUCGCAGCGGCGUAACAUGCGGCGUGCCUCCCCCAGUGCAGCUCUUCGGGACGACGCCGAUGCUGCUGGAGUACCGCGCAGCCCUGCAUGCACACCGCGCGCUGUACGACGUGACCGAUGGUGCCGCCUCGGCAGCGCAGCGUUUCCGUGGACGAAAUGAAGCGUUUGUCUCGCACAUGUACAAUAAAGUGAUCGGCGCCGUCCGUGCCGGCGUGGCGGCGGUUCAGCGGCACCCACUGAAGCAUUCUUCUUCUCCGACUCCGCCCUCCGACGCGGCGCGCUUCGUCUCACCUUUUCCUCCGCUGUCUACCGCACGUCAACAGGCCUCGGUUUCGCUAGACUCGAUUCUGUACGCGAGAGGAAACCACGCGGAGCACCUGCUCGUGUUUACACCUCUCUAUCGUUGGUUCUCGUGCCUCGAAUUGCUUUACCAGGUUCUGCAAAGCGCCCAUCGCUACGCGGAGGCGAACGAAUGCUUACGUUUUCUCCUCUACGAGCCAGUCUACGUGCUGCACCACAUGCCGGAGCUUGGUGGCGGCCCGUCCACUUUGGCAGCCAGGGAGGCUGCGCGUGCUUCUCGAGGCCUCUCGCCUGUCACCUACGCGUUUCGCUACAAGACGCACAAGCGCGGCGAGUGGCUGUCUCGCCUCGCGCAUAAUAUGGUGCACCUGAAACGCUACACCGAGGCGCUCACGUUUCUGGAGGAGGCGCAGACCGGCUUCCGUGAACUGACUGGGAAGAUCACCGAAAUUGCGAAGCUGAAGGCACCGUUUGCGGACCCGACGAACGAGACGGCGGCGGCGCUGUGCGGUGUGCUGACGGGCACCUCGUGGGACGAGUCAAUGCUGCCUGUCACGGUGCAGCGCCGUGGCCGAAUGCUGCGUGUGCUCUGGUCCUCUCUUGCCUCCACCGCAACUGCUAGCGACGACGACAAGGGCAGCAACGCCGCAUCGUCAUCGUACCCCUGUUCCUUGGCCCUGUACCACGCCGUGUGGGAGUACAUCCGAGAUCGUUACUGCCGUCGCCAUGACCGACUCGAACUGGAGCGAUUGCUGGCGAUGCUGCACCGACGCUUGCGACGAUGGACGCCACUCGCGGCCCAUAGCCAGCUAGCAACACGUCAGCUGACGGAUGUGGCCGUGCAGCGAGUGAGGGGAGUGCGGGAUGCGCUGGAUUGCAUGCUGUGGCGUGAACCAAGUGAAAACACACCCGUGAUUGGUGGUGCACGCGGUGCAACAGCGCAGGCCAUCAGCGGUGCCGGUGCCGCUGUCCAAGCUCCCAACAGUUCGCGUCGUCCUGCGCUUCCGGUCGAGCUGUUCGUGCUCGAGCACUUCUUGAAGAAGUGGAACCAGCCGGACCCGAACGAGAGGCUGUCCAGCGUCACGAGGAAACGCCAACGCGACAAUGAAGCACGCACUGUUGACCACGCCGCGGGUGCGGAGGAGCGCAACCACCCCACAAAUCGUAGUGGCGGUCGCGGAGUGUGGUGCGGUGCGCACUGCGAAGGACGUUGGAUUCGCUGCCUUGCCCACGCGCUUUUGUGGGACUGCUACUGGGCCUAUCCUUCUGUUUCGCGUCAGAAGGCUGAUGCACCGCCCGCUACGAGGCAAGUCGAUGGCCCUUGCGCUGCAGACCACGAUCUUCUCUGGCUCUCCGCCUUUCAAGAUGGGCCGCUCGACGUCAUCACCCCUGUGAACUUUCUGCUGCGCCGUCGAGCGUUCAUUGCGGAUCGCAUUGCUCAACUCGAACGCUGCUCAAGGGAGGAACUUCAGAGUUGGGUUGCGGCACACAUCAAAACAGGCGGUGAAGAACAUGCGCAGCAGCGGGGCGCAUCGACGUUAUCAAAAGAAGCAGCCAUCCGACAGGAGUACAGCAAGACAGGGAGCCUGGAAAGCGGUUUACCACGUGCUGGCGAUGCUGACGUGGAAGCGGAGAGUUAUACAGAAGAGGAAGAGGAAAGCGAGGAAGAGAUAGUUGGACGCGGCGGCACCCGAGGUUUUGGCUCGGCGAAGUCAGCAGCCAACCCUAAAGGUGACGUCCGUGGUUCCAUAGGAACUUCUACAAUUCCUGAGGCGUGGAAGGUACCGGUGGGUUCGCUUCCCUUGCUUGACAUCUUACGCGUGCUACCUCUUCCUCCUCUCUGGCGCCUGCUGCGGUGUCUGUAUCUCAGCCCGGUGACGGAGGGCGUUCCGCUUCGCUUCUCCGGUUUUCCUGAUCUGGUUUUCUGGCGCUGCCAUGGCGAGGCGGAGAGAGAUUUGGACCAGACAAUGAAACUGAGCGAUGCACUAAACGGCUCUUCCGCUCACGCAACGCGCACGGUGCCGGCCAGCAUCAGCAACAACGCAUCUUCUCCCUCUCUCUUCUGCUUGAUGGAGGUCAAGAGCCCGAGUGACACGCUGAGCACGAAGCAGAUUUCGGUGAACGACAUUCUUUGCCGAUGCGGCUUUCAGGUUUGCGUUUUGCGCGUUGACGCCGUCCAUGACAACGGCGAGCCCGUCAGCGCCAAAAAGUUAAGGUAA